AUGGCGGUCGAUCUCAACGCUCCCUAUGCAAUUCUGGUAGGCUUCGGGUUGUCAAACGAAGUCACACUUCGCUCUGUGCUUGUCCUUGUUAUCUUUCCGAGGUCAAGGCCAAAUUCCACCAGCACCAUCCUGGUAAUGAACCAUCAACGUCAAAGUCUACCCCGAAAACGAAUUCUCGAAACCUACGAUGCUCCUGAACCAAAACGUCCUCAGCUGUAUUCUAUAUAUGAACAAUUUCCGCAAUUAAGGGACCCAGACAAGAAGCUGAUUGCACCUCCGGUUGUUUUCCAGGAUGGAAUAAUAGCCUGUCAAAAACCGGUCCCAGUGCAAAUACAGCCAAUCAGUCGCUCCUCAAUCUCAACUGGUUCUACGCCUCUGGAUCCUAUAAACGUCGAUGAUUUAGAUAUUGAAGGACGCCCCGAGAAAUCCUUUGUGCAAACGGGACCAAAUAGUUUGGGUGCUUCAACGUCCUCGCAGCGCUGCUUCGAUCCACCCUCAUUAAAUGACCACGUAGCGUUUGACCCAAAUCGGGGCCUUUUAGACAGCAUGAAAAUACACGGAAAUACCUUGAAAUUAACAUUUCAUCAAGGAGGAAUGACAUGCGAGGAUGUUUCAGUGUUUCUGCAAAGGACUGGUUUGAGCGCUUCAGAGUCACGCAGAGUUGAUAUACUUGAUGAACGAACCGCACGCUUCCAAUUCAGCCACCCACAUGUCGCUGCCACCGCAUUUUUUAUGCUCAUGGGCUAUGUUCGGAGCAAGCCAGAAACUCAACCGAGUUCAUCCCGGCGUGAUAUUAUCGAUCUGCGAGAAUCGCCAGCACCAGGCAUCGAGGAUGCGCAUGUCGACGCAGCUAGUUCUUCUGGUUCAGGAGCUGCGCCGAUGUCUUCGCACCUCGUCGUAAGUCCAGACCACCAGGAUAAAGUUAUAAAGCGUUCCCAUGCCAUAGAUGAUAUUUCCUGGGACGAAGAACAUGAAGAACAAGGCAAUUUAUCAGACCGAGUCGCUGAGAGCGUUGGCUCGGAAUGCGAUUCAGAAGACGGGGAGAACUACAUUGACAAGGAAGCUCAACCAUGUAAUCGCAAGUCUGGCGCAUCCCCACCAGAGGCUGGUGUUCCUCCAACACCCAUACACCGCCCAAGAGUGCGACAGGUGGUCAUCUCAAGCGACGGAGCAUCCAGCUCCAGAACUUCUACAGGAUCGACAUCCAACGCCGGAACGAUGGCUCCCCCCACCUUCUCAAUUCCCAGUGGAGAUAACUUUCGUCAUGUCGUGGAUGCUUGUCUCGUCAAAGAAAAUAUCGCAGUAAUUGGGUACGCUAACGGUCCAUGUGAUAUUUCAAUACUUCGUCUUGUUGAGGUAUGGCGAGGCUGGCUCUGGACUUUGCACCCAGAUAAUCUGGCACUUGCUUCAAGUGAAAGCAUAAGCAAGAUCGGUACUAUCCCAAGCACCCUCGCCGCUGUGGAAACAACGCUUUAUGUUGGCACUGGUCAAAAGAUUCUGACCCUCGAUAUUGACCACCCUACAGCGAGGCCGAGACAAGCCCGGUGCGGCAACGCUACCAACCAUCUUGACCACCAGGUUCAGAUCUGGGAUAAGCGCGCCAGUGGCUUUGACAGACCGCCUAAGCUCCAGCUAGGUUACAGACACACGGGUACCCUAUCCCUUUCCAGCUGUUCAAAAGGAGGCGCCCUCCACUCUUAUUUCGUCAAGGGCUAUCCAGAUGGCGGUGUUUGCUUUUGGGAUUUCCGAAAUGUCAAGGUUGUACGGCAGUCAUAUUAA